AUGGGCAAACGAAGUAAAGGGGAAUCACAAAACAGUGAUAAUAAAAGAUCAAAGAGAAUUAAAGGUCUACAAAAUCAAGAUCAUUUAAAAGAUGAUACUGCGACGAUAGAGAUAUCGGAUAAUGUACAGCGGGCAAAUAAUAAGCCCAAGAAAAUUAUUUUUGAUGAUGACGGCCAGCCAGCUACAUCAAAACCAGAUGUCGACACUACUAAAUCUGUAAAAGAUAAAAAUAUGAAAAAAAGUAUUUCUAUAAAUAAAAAACACAAUAAGAAUAACAAAAUAAUUUUUGAAGACAGCGACGACCAACCAUCUCCAGUUGCUGCAAAUAAUAUAGUCAGCCGCCAAAGUACGGGGCAGCCAAAUCAAAAUGAAGAUGAGCCAAAAGAUGAAGAUAUUGAUAAGUUUUGUGAUGAAGUUGAUGAAGAAGACAAUGUACAGUACGAAAACUGGGUUAAAUUAAUAGAAGAAAAAUUAACUUCGAAUAAAAAGAAAUCA